AUGGGCGGCAAUGAGGCGGUCAUCGGCGGUACGUUACCGCAGCGCAUGCACUCAUGUCUGGCCACUUUGGACUAUUGCCUUCAGGCCAAUGACCACUCAGUUAUCUCAUCGGUGGUUAGGGCUGACCAUAAGACGGAAGCGAGUGGUAAGAAGGGUAGUCUCAUGAAGACUAUCGCCCAUAUACUGGGUCUCAAAGACUACGCCAGUUUGGACGCCAGCGUAACCCUCGGCGAACUCGGGAUGGACUCAUUGAUGUCGGUUGAGGUGAAACAGACACUGGAAAGGGAUUACGACUGUGUGCUGUCGAUGGAGGACAUCAGGCGAUUGACUGUCCGCCGAAUCGCCGCAAUUGAUCAACAAAAUCAUGAUAAUAAUAAUGGCGACAAAAGUUGUCAAUCGUUCAGCAGUCAAGACUCGCCGGUCAAUGACUUUACGUUCACUGUUGCGACCGAUAGUGUCGAGUAUAUCAAUGAGGGAAAGACAGGACGACCGGUGAUACUACUGCCACCGCUGGACGGGUCGUACGGUUUGCUCAACGAUUUGGUCGCCGCUAUCGAUAGGCCAGUAAUCGGUCUCAAUUGGACUCACGAUUGCGGGCCAUUGGUUACCAUUGAAGACACGGCUCGACAUUAUCUCAACGUAAUCGACGAAAAGCUGAAGAAUUUGGGCAACGAUUACGAUUUGAUGGGCUAUUCGUUUGGCGGAUGUGUGGCCUAUGAGAUGGCCGUCCUUUUACAGCAACGGCCGCAACAACUGUCGGCCGACACCAGACUUAUACUAUUGGACUCAUCGCCCGUUCAGUUUGGCAUAUAUGCCGACGAAGUGAUGAAAAAACUUAUACUAUUGGACUCAUCGCCCGUUCAGUUUGGCAUAUAUGCCGACGAAGUGAUGAAAAAGUAUCAAUUGUCUGACCAUAAGAGCCAAGAGUUGGAGACUCUGAUGACAUUCCUCGCCCAAUACGUGUCCGUCGACUACAAGUCCGUCAGAGAGACUCUGGAGAAGACACCGGCCGAGGAAAGGGUGGAAAAGGUGUCCCAAAUUUUUCUGUCAUCGAUGCGCAAAAAUAUGGAUCAAAUGAAUGGUGUGACCGAAGAAUCGGUUGAAUUCAUUGCCAAGAGUUUCUCAAACAAGUUAUUAAUGCUAAACACGUAUAGUGUUUGCAAUAAACAACGCUUUGGCGGCGAGAAUGGCGUGAAGUUUGCAAACGAUUUGCUUUUGAUUAGAGCCGAAGACAAUAUCGUUAACAAUAAGGAUCUCAUUAAACAUGACUACGGAUUAUCUCAAACUAGCUUGAUGUGA